GUCUUAGUGAAGGUUUUCAUCUUUGAGUUUCUAUUGUGAAAUCUGAUCUGACCUUGCCUUUUAUGUGUCUUAAUCAGUUUCUAGCCAAAGGAGUGCGCUGACAGCAAAUUUCGACGCCAAUCGACGGAGCGAUAAAGAUCGACAGUGCCCGAAAAACAUCAACGUAAAAAGUCUGACACACACAGUGAAAAUCGGGGAUUGAGGCGCAGGAAUUGAAGGAAAACAAUUGGGAACCCUUGGAAAGACAAGGCAUAGUAACUGAGGCCAAGAAACAAACCAAGAACACAAAAAAUGGCUAUCAUCUUUGGAGUGACAUCUAUGAUUUUGCUGGGAUUCCUUGCUGCCUCUGAUGGCUCUCUGUGCUCUAAUGUCGGCGGAAAGUUGGCUUGUGAUGACAUUUGUGAUGUGAAGAGGCCAGGGAACUAUAACUUCUCAGUAGACUUCAUUGGAACCAGGUUGGAUUUGGAUUGUGUCCGCUACAAAGGCUUGAAGACUGUUAGGUUGUUCCAAAGAACAUUCUGCAGGGGGAAGACGGGUGGCAUGGACUCUAUAGUGCAGCCUUGGAAUAUGUGCUUCUUCAAUUAUGAAAAUGAGCACAUCAACAAAGCAAUCCAGACUUUGCCACAAGAGGAGACUGCACUGCAAGAAGAUGAGGUUGUUGCAAAGAUCAGUGUGUCGGGGCCCACAUCAGUGACCACACCAAAAGGGUCAGUGUUGACAGUGAUGUCAACUACGGUUCCAACAUUGGAGGCAGAAACAAUGAAAACAGCAACGGAGAUGACAGCAAUGGCUUUGCCAGCAACAACGAUGAAUCCACCAAUUGCAGCAGUGUCUAUGGCGUCUUUGGCAACCACACCAAGUUCCAAUAAAAAAGUGUCAUCAGUGAUCCCGGAGGCCCCUGUGUCCACUAGUGCUUCCAUUAGUGUUGACACUAGUGGUCACCACCAGUUUGUUGAUCCCCUGGGUGUGCGGGUUCCUGUAGAACCAGAUGAAGUGCCACCCAGUACUGCACUGUCUGAAACCAUUAAGGGAGAUUUUGCAGGGAUCAUGAGCAAUCUUGACAACAUUUCUCGAUUAGACAUUUCUGCAUCAUUCAGGGAUGGAACUAUAGUUCAUGCUAGGGUUCCUGCUUGGGCCAUCAAGGUCCUGAAAUGGGUUGGCAGCCUCUUUGACCCUCAGCAAAGAGUUAUCUGUGGAGGAGAUCAUUGUUUGACUUGUGUGGCAACUGCUGGGUGUCUGGAUGCAGAGGAGGCUGCAUUCUAGGCCUCAGACUGAUGGCACACUUCCCACCAGUGUUGAAACUGUCAGCCUAGACAGUUUUCAUACUAUUGGGAAUAUUUAGUGCAUGUUUUUUUGCGCAAUAGAGACAAGAGAGUUGUUGGUAAGAGGACAUUAAUAAAAAUAUUGCCUAUUGUCCUUCCAACAUA